GGCGAUCUGAGACCCCCGAUCGGGCUGCUGCCGAGGAGAGCGGGGGAGUCGGAGCCGUUCGUUCGUUCGUUCCUAAGGCUUUCCUUCUGGUUCUCUCUCUCUCUCUCUCUCUCUCUCUCUCUCUCCUGCAGUCGCCGAAUCGAAAGCGCGAGCGUGGGGGAGGAGGAGGGAGGGCGAGCGACGGGAGGCGUAAUGGCGGCAUUCGACUCGCUGGAUUCGCUCCUGUUCUCGCUCAGCCGGGCGUUCUGCAGUCCUCUCGCCGUCUUCGUCCAGAUCCAGGGAUGUUUUAUAUGCCUAGUUCUAGCUCUUGGGUGGGCUUGUGCUGCAUAUGUCAGGAAUAGAGAGAUCAAGCGGAUGAAAGACAGUAGCAGACGUGGCAAUAGUUUUGCAUUUCUUUCUCUUGAUAUUAAUGACCUGGAGCACUCCAAGCAGGUCAAUCUGCCCAGAGUGUCUGUUGUGAUGCCGUUGAAGGGUUUCGGUGAGCACAAUCUGCACAAUUGGAGAAGUCAGAUCACAUCUCUCUAUGGAGGUCCUCUAGAAUUUCUUUUUCUGGUGGAAAGCACAGAAGAUCCUGCUUAUCAUGCUGCAUCUUUGUUGAUAUCAGAAUAUAAGGAUGAUGUUGAGGCUAAGAUUAUCGUGGCCGGUCUGUCAACAACUUGUAGUCAGAAGAUCCACAACCAGUUGGUAGGAGUUGAAAAAAUGCACAAAGACACCAAAUAUGUUUUGUUUCUGGAUGAUGAUGUUAGGCUGCAUCCUGGAUCCAUUGGAGCACUCACUGCUGAGAUGGAAAAGAGACCUGAGAUAUUUAUUCAAACUGGAUAUCCACUUGAUUUGCCAUCUGGAAGUCUGGGGAGUUACUGCAUUUAUGAGUAUCAUAUGCCUUGCUCGAUGGGCUUUGCUACUGGUGGAAAAACCUUCUUUUUGUGGGGAGGGUGUAUGAUGGUAAGGAUCCAUUCCCAGUUUCUACAAGAGUUUUGUCUUUUGCAACUCGUCCUUUCUUAUUCAUUUACAUUUGUCUUUCAGAUGCAUGCUGAUGACUUCAGAUAUGACCGACAUGGAGUCGUUUCAGGGCUUCGAGAUGGUGGAUACUCUGACGAUAUGACACUCGCAGCUAUUGCUGGGGCUCAUAAGAGGCUUAUUUCAUCUCCUCCUGUUGCUGUUUUUCCUCAUCCAUUGGCCAGUGAUCUUAGUUUUUCUAGGUACUGGAAUUACUUAAGGAAGCAGACUUUUGUUCUGGAAUCAUACACGACACAAGUCAAUUGGAUAAUGAAUCGCGCAUUAUUUACUUCUCACUGCUAUCUAUCUUGGGGAUUUGUCGCACCAUAUGUUAUGGCCUCAGUUCAUGUAACAGCAGCACUACGAGCUAACAUCAAAGGUUACUCAUUUGAGGAAACUAACUUAACUCAUGUUGGUUUAUUAAUGGUGGCUUGCUUGGUUAUGUGCACUGCUACCGAACUCCUUUCAAUGUGGAACUUGACGAGAAUCGAAGUUGAGCUCUGCAACAUGCUAUCCCCCGAGGCACCUCAACUUUCCCUUGCUUCGUAUAACUGGGUCCUUGUAUUUAUAGCGAUGCUAGUAGAUAACUUCUUGUACACUAUCAGUGCGGUUCGUUCUCAUUUCUCUCAAUCUAUCAACUGGUCUGGCAUCCGUUACCACUUGAAAGAUGGAAAGAUCAGCAAGAUCGACAGGAGUAAGGAUCUUGGCCCGAAAUUCACAGAUUUGGGAGGAAAGAACUUGUAUGGCAGAAAAGGAUCACCGCCUAAAAACAUAUUUAUCAGCUCGCUCGCAAGAAGUUUGGCGCAAUGGCGUCAGCCCAAGAAGUAUGAUAUCUAGCAGAAAAAGAAAAAGGGAAAAAAAGGAAUUCGCGUUUGUUCCUCCAAUUUUUGGAUCAUAUGCGGUAAGAAUUAAGGGCUUCGGGUGACGCCACCGGUGGAAUCUUUGAUCCUCUCGAAAUUGCUCGGCCUAUUAAAUUUAUCAUUGUUUGAUUUUAGCAAAUCUAAGAAUGUCAUUCAAAUUUAUUUUUUCUUUUCAAUCGUUUCCCACCAUGGCCGAUUUAUUCUUUAGUUUCAGCCCUUUCUGCUUUCCGGCUGAUCCUGUAAGGUCGUUCAUUUUGUUGUGUAAUUUAUGUGUUUAGUCCAGUGAUAGCUCAGUGGGUCAAAGUGUUGUAGAUCUCCAAGUUUUUUCAUCUUCUGAAUUAGAAAAGCCUGUCUGAUUUU